GCAACGGUUAUAAAUCUGACUACCAUUGUCCGUACUUAGGUAACCAAUAGCGAAUCAGUGUGAUCUUACAGAUCUGACCUCGGCCCACCUAGGUCGACUUAGAGGAUGUGGGGGCCCUGACUAUAGAUAGACAGCCGUGAAUCCCAGGUGUUUGUGUGCGGAACACGGUAUCAUUAUCGGAUGAACUACCGCGUAGGGUGAGCGCAAACAGUUUGCAACACUACCGUCAACUCCACGUUCGGUCAAUGAAUAAUGAAGAUUGACUAAUACACUGAAUACUGGACGAAAAAGCCCACUAUUUUGAGAGAGUAGAUUUUGUCACGAGCCCACCAUGUGAAGGUAUUUUACUUCAAUCGGUGCGGCGUAGGAAAAGGGCUACGGAUUCUACUCUUGCUUCUUCAUACCCUCACGCGAAAACGGUGCUCGUUAACCAUGCCGGCCCCCUUAAAAUACUACCAAAAGGCUAACCAUGUCGUUGCCGCCGCCGUUUCGUUGUGCGUCGUGGAUAUUAUCUCGGUCAUAUUGCGAUUCUACACACGACGGAGAGAACGCCAUUCUUUGAAGGCUGACGACUGGAUUAUGAUACCAGCUUUGCUUAUCACAAUCGGUAUCGGUAUUUGCCUAGUCUAUGGCGUUUCGCAAGGGGCGCUGGGAAGCUCAGAAGACAUCCCACCUGAGUUACUUGGAAGCGCUCUAGAUGUUUCAUACGAGCAACUCGGAACGGCAUUUAAGGUCGAAUUUUCUACUAUUUCAAUGUUACCCCUGACGCUAGGAUCGGUUAAGGCCAGCUUUCUCUUCUUCUACAGACGAAUCUUCUCAGUCAACAAGACUACCGAUAAAUUCCUCAUAUCAAUGAUUGUCACAGUAGCUAUUUGGACGGUUACGUUCUUUUUCGCGGUGGUGUUCGAAUGUGGCCUGAACUUUUGGGCAAUUUGGGGUGAUAGUUUAAAGGUUGAAAAUUUGACGGCGCAUUGCGUAAAAACGAUGGAUUUGGCUCUCUCGAUUGGGAUUACAGACUUCAUUACGGAUGUCGUUAUUAUUAUCAUACCUGUUCCAUUGAUCUGGCGACUAAACCUGUCAACGGGCAAGAAGAUCGCGGCCAGUGCUGUGUUCCUAUUAGGAGCAGUAACUAUUGGGGCAUCAUUGACGCGGCUCAUCAUAAUUACGCAAGAUCGCCAUAAAAAUGUAGUUUUCAAUCCUCACGAGGACGAGAUUUUGGUUAUAACUGAGUAUCUAUAUUGGGGUAUGAUCGAAUGCGGCGUCGGUGUAUUCGUCGCCUGCUUACCAACCCUCCAAUUCCUACUCCGCGAGUUUUCCUUUAAAUCAAUAAUCGACAGUACCGGAAGCCUCCUUGGAUCGAGAGAGUCUAAGAUGGAAUACGUUAACACGAAUCGAGAUAUCCAUGUCGGCCGUACGUUUGGUAUUUCCUUUUCCGAGAGGCGGAGUACGUCUACACGUAGUUUGCCCAUGCAUGCAAGGGGCAUUUCGAGGGACUCACAUACACUUAAGACCGAGGCGUAUCCGAUGGGAGAUUACAAAAAUUCGGGGGCAGUUUAAUAUUUCUCCGCUGUUGUUAGGAUUCUAGACCUUAUUGAAACUAUGGUUUCAAUUUUACUAAAUUUUGAAUAGACCUUGAAGUACACCCGCAA